CUGUGCCCUCCCGGGAGCCAUGGAGCUCACUGCGAGCUGCGCUGCCCCUGCCAGAAUGGAGGCACCUGCCACCACAUCACUGGCGAGUGUACCUGUCCCCCUGGCUGGAUGGGAGCAGUGUGUGCCCAGCCCUGCCCACCAGGGACUUUUGGCCAGAACUGCAGCCACGACUGUCCUUGCCACCAUGGAGGGCAGUGUGACCAUGUGACUGGACAGUGCCACUGCACAGCUGGAUACAUGGGGGACAGGUGCCAAGAGGAAUGCCCCUUUGGGACCUUCGGCUUCCAGUGCUCCCAGCGCUGUGACUGCCACAACGGGGGCCAGUGUUUGCCCACCACGGGCACCUGUGAGUGUGAGCCUGGCUACAAGGGCCCACGAUGCCAGGAGCGGCUGUGCCCUGAGGGCCUGCAUGGCCCAGGCUGCACCUUGCCCUGCCCUUGUGAUGCCAACAACACUAUCAGCUGCCACCCAGUAACUGGAGUUUGUACCUGCCAGCCGGGCUGGUCCGGCCACCACUGCAAUGAGUCCUGCCCUGCUGGCUACUAUGGUGAUGGAUGCCAGCUACCUUGCACCUGUCAGAACGGCGCUGACUGCCACAGCGUCACCGGGGGCUGCACUUGUGCCCCAGGCUUCAUGGGAGAGGUCUGUGCAGUUCCCUGUGCAGCAGGGACCUAUGGCCCCAACUGCUCGUCUGUCUGUGGCUGUAACAACGGUGGCAUCUGCUCCCCAGUAGAUGGCUCCUGCACCUGCAAGGAAGGGUGGCAGGGCCUGGACUGCACCCUGCCAUGUCCCAGUGGGACGUGGGGCCUGAACUGCAACGAGAGCUGCACCUGUGCCAAUGGGGCGGCCUGCAGCCCCGUGGACGGCUCCUGCUCCUGCACCCCUGGCUGGAUGGGAGACACCUGUGAAUUGCCCUGCCCGGAUGGCACGUUUGGGCUGAACUGCAGUGAACGCUGUGACUGCAGCCAUGCCAAUGGCUGUGAUCCUGUCACAGGCUACUGCUGCUGCCUGGCCGGAUGGACAGGCAUCCGCUGUGACAGCACAUGUCCACCUGGUCGCUGGGGACCCAACUGCUCUGUCUCCUGUAGCUGUGAGAACGGUGGUUCCUGCUCCCCAGAAGACGGGAGCUGCGAGUGUGCCCCUGGCUUCCGAGGACCCUUAUGCCAAAGAAUCUGUCCCCCUGGGUCCUACGGCCAUGGCUGUGCCCAGCCAUGUCCCCUCUGCGUGCAUAGCAGUGGGCCCUGCCACCAUGUCAGUGGUGUCUGUGAGUGCCUCCCAGGAUUUUCUGGAGCCCUCUGCAACCAAGUGUGUGCUGGAGGGCACUUUGGGCAGGACUGUGCCCAGCUCUGCUCCUGUGCCAACAAUGGGACCUGCAGCCCCAUCGAUGGCUCCUGCCAGUGCUUCCCCGGAUGGAUUGGCAAGGACUGCUCACAAGGCUGCCCAGCAGCGUUUUUUGGGAAGGACUGUGGGCAUGUAUGCCAGUGUCAGAAUGGCGCCAGCUGUGACCACAUCAGUGGCAAGUGCACCUGCCGCACGGGCUUCACCGGGCGACACUGUGAGCAGAGAUGUGCCCCAGGAACCUUCGGCUACGGGUGUCAGCAGCUAUGUGAGUGCAUGAACAAUGCCACCUGUGACCACGUCACUGGCACCUGUUAUUGUAGCCCUGGAUUCAAAGGAAUCAGGUGUGACCAAGCUGCCCUCAUGAUGGAAGAGCUGAAUCCCUACACCAAAAUUGGCCCAGCACUGGGUUCAGAGCGGCACUCGGUGGGGGCUGUCACAGGCAUCGUCCUGCUGUUGUUCCUCAUUGUGGUGCUCCUGAGCCUGUUUGCCUGGCGCCGGCGGCGGCAGAAAGAGAAGGGCCAUGACCUGGGCCCCCGUGUCUCCUACACACCUGCCAUGAGGAUAACCAGCACUGACUACUCCCUCUCAGAUUUGCCUCAAAGUAGCAGCCAUGCCCAGUGCUUUUCCAAUUCCAGCUACCACACACUGGUGUGCGGGGGGUCUGCCACCAGCCAGGCCAGCACUCUGGACAGGAACAGCCCCACCAAGCUCAGUAACAAGUCCCUUGACAGAGACACAGCAGGCUGGACCCCCUACAGCUAUGUGAACGUGUUAGACUCCCAUUUCCAGAUCAGUGCCCUGGAGGCCAGGUACCCGCCCGAGGACUUCUACAUUGAACUUAGACACCUCAGCCACCCCGCUGAGCCACACUCACCAGGUGCUUGUGGAAUGGAUAGACGCCAGAACACAUACAUUAUGGACAAAGGCUUCAAAGUUACACCUGCUUAGCAAACGCUUGUGGGUUUUUUAUAGAUGCCAACUAAAUGUCUUCGGAAAUGUAGAACAUCAUUAUUCAACCAAUUAGAACAAGUUAAAUUGAUUAUAAAAUCUGAAAUAAAGUCAGUCUACCUGCCCCAGAGGCCUCCUGUCGUUGCGCUAGUGAAGAACGCCACCCUGCACCUGCUGGCUUUCUGGGGCACAAGGAAUGAAAAUGAUACCUAGUGUUAGUAUUGUAUGGCACUCUACCCGCAAGAGAUCGCUGCCCCAAAACCAGAGAAGCCAGGACAAAUCCCUAACACAUGGGAACUGCAAACUGGAUCAUCCCUCUAGGAAGUCUAUACAGGUGAAGUCAAAGAUGAAAUGUCAGGUCCUGACCCUGGGCUUAGGCCCUGGGUUUAAAUGCCAAAAUGUGUGAAAUAGAGGGCAUUGGAACUCUGUCAAUUACUGUGUCACUUACUGACUGUAAGCUCUAGAGGGCUCAGUUUGCUCAUCUGCAAAGUGGGGAUAAUUAUGCCUGUCAUGUUGUCUAAUGCCUAUCCUACUGUCUAACAAGAUUAUCAUGAGUAUCCAAUAAAAUAACAGAUGGGAAGUGUUUUUGCAAAUCAUAAAGGUUGUACUAAUGU